GGGUCACCCCCAUCUGAUCCGGAGCCUGGGAGCUGCCGACAACCUGCCGGGGCGCACUAGCCUGGGGUCCCGGGCGCCGUGGCGAUGACCUGAUCCCGAGCCCGCCAGGGUGCCCUUUCCUUUCUUCCCUCCCUCCGUGGCCAGCUCCCCGUGAAGCCUGUGCGGGGAGAGCGGCUCGGUGCGGCGGCUGCUCCGCGGAGCGCCAUGGCGGGGAGCUCCACUUAAAGGCGUGCGGGUGCCGAGCGCGAGAGGACACCUUCGGCAUUGCUGCCUGUGGAAAGAGGGGGCUUCUCUAGACGACUGAGUCAUUCCACAUUUAGAAUUUUCCCUAAAUAAUCACCAACUGUGCCCGUUCCGUGCCGGAACGCGGGGCAGAAAGACCAAAUAGCGUCCCGCUCUCGGGGACCCCCCGCGGAUCUCCUCUCGUGGAUUUCUCCCCGAAGGUGCCUGGGCCCUCGAGGAUCUCCCUCCCUUUCCUCCCUACCUCCCUCCCGGCCUUGCUCCCUCCCUCCCUCCUUCCCUCUCUCCCUCCCGCUCUCUUUGCAGUGCAGCUGCUGGAGGAGAGGCGCGCUCGCCGCAGCUGGAAACAGCUGCCCCCGCCCCGCGCCCCUACCCCGACUCUGGCUAAGCGCUCCCACUUCUGGGCUCUCGGGAUUCCAGAACUCGGGCCGCCGGCCCCUGGAGGACCGCAGCCGGUGCGAUGCAUUCCGUAGACCUCACUCAGCCUGCACAGACCUCUUCAUCUCCUGAACCGCGGGCCGCAGGGAGUUCAGUUGCUGCCUUCCUCUCUCUCCUCUCGUGCGGUUGGUGGCUUGUUUGCUAAAAGAACGUUCUAUUCACUUUUUAGUAUUUCUUCUUUUUAAAACUGGGGGCACGCUCCUCGCCUCGGUCCAGGCUCUGCUUUGUAAACGGGUUUUCUAUGUAUGUAUGUGUAGAUAUACUUUGGACACCUUACAACGCUUGCGCCUCUCCAACAGGGGCAGUGCUUGGUAUUUUGGACAUCUGUCUGCCCUUUUUACUUGGUUCUCUGAACGCAGUGUGACCAAACUCUCCACUGCCCCUUGGACGUGGAUUGUCUUGGGGUGCAAGUUUUGGGUGCAAAGGACUACUUCGCAGAAAGGCCUGGGACUGCCCCGCCCCCGCUGCCAGAGGUUGGGGAAGUUUACAUCUGGAUUUUCACACAUUCUGUUGCCACUGCCCAGACUUUGACGAACCCUGUCGGCUCCAGGUUUUCAGAACUGCAGCCUCAAGUAUUAGCACUGCCUCCCCUCGCCGGUCCUACACCUCCCGGCCCCUGAGGUCCUGCCCUCACCCCGGCCGAGCGCGAGACCCAGGGCGCAGUGGAGCACCGGGGCCUGGGGCCCGCUCUGAGCUGCUAUGGCUGCGGCGAUAGCCAGCUCCUUGAUCCGCCAGAAGCGGCAGGCGAGGGAGUCCAACAGCGACCGGGUGUCGGCCUCCAAGCGCCGCUCCAGCCCAAGCAAAGACGGGCGCUCCCUGUGCGAGAGGCACGUCCUCGGGGUGUUCAGCAAAGUGCGUUUCUGCAGCGGCCGCAAGAGGCCAGUGAGGCGGAGACCAGAACCCCAGCUGAAAGGAAUCGUGACAAGGUUAUUCAGCCAGCAGGGAUAUUUCCUGCAGAUGCAUCCAGAUGGUACCAUUGAUGGGACCAAGGACGAGAACAGCGACUACACCCUCUUCAAUCUCAUUCCUGUGGGACUGCGUGUAGUGGCCAUCCAAGGGGUGAAAGCCAGCCUGUAUGUGGCCAUGAAUGGGGAAGGCUAUCUCUACAGCUCAGAUGUUUUCACCCCAGAAUGCAAAUUUAAGGAGUCUGUGUUUGAAAACUAUUAUGUGAUCUAUUCUUCCACACUGUACCGCCAGCAGGAAUCAGGCCGAGCAUGGUUUCUGGGACUCAAUAAAGAAGGUCAAAUUAUGAAGGGCAACAGAGUGAAGAAAACCAAACCCUCAUCACAUUUUGUACCAAAACCUAUUGAAGUGUGUAUGUACAGAGAACCAUCACUACAUGAAAUUGGAGAAAAACAAGGACGUUCGAGGAAAAGUUCUGGAACACCCACCAUGAAUGGAGGCAAAGUCGUGAAUCAGGAUUCAACAUAGCUGAGAACUCUUCCCUUCUUCCCUCUCAUCCCUUCCCCUUCUCUUCCUUUCCUCUUCCCUAUUUUCUCCAAUAAAUCCACCCAAGGAGAGAAAAAAUAAAUAAAUAAAAUGGCAACGCAAGAACUAGUAGCUAAGAUCUGCACUCAAAAAUCUUCAUUUGUGUAGGACAAGAAAACUGAUGAAGCAAAGCUUGCCUGUUGCAGUGUGGUAGAAAGUUCACAUGAACAAUGAUUACCACCCAUAAAAGCAAAGAAAUACAUAAAUCAGGACUCCACAAACAUCACAGUUAACUGUGUUGUUAUUAAUAGAGGGCUAAUUGUAAUAAUAUAUGACUAUAAGAAAGAUGAAAUGCAGUUAUUACAUGAAUGAAAGGGUUUUGAAGAAGUAAACUUAUGAAAUUGCAGUGAAACACUCAAUUGCUUACAUUCUGGAGAAUGCUGUGAUGUAUGAUUUUGUUUGAAAAUGUUUAUUUUUUUGUACUUCUGGCAAUGACACAUAAUCACAUCCUAUGUCCAUGGUAUUUUUGAAUCAUGAAAUUUAACAUGUCUAAAUAAUAAUUCCCUAAUGUCUAUUAGACACAUAGCCAGGAACCAUUUAGCAUGAAGAAAAGAAUUUUAAAUGUUACUUGGUGCUGUUAAGAUGGUUUUCUUUUGGUAAAAUAAUAGUCUUGAAUUGAAUUUAAUGGCAUUAGGUGAAUUAAUUCCUUUAUGAAGAUGUUCAAAUUCUACUAGAAAAAUAUCAUAUUUUUUCUGGGUGUUAAUCCAUGCUCUCAUAUUUUUAGUCAUUUAGAAGAAAAGGUUUUACCAUGUUGCAGAGGUAACUUUUGGGAGUGAGGCAUAAGCUACUUGCUUUUUCCAUUAAAUCUUACUUUUGAUUUGUGGGAAUUUUGGGGAGUGUUACUGCAUGUCUAGCUUUCUUAGAGAGUUCUGUACCGUAUUUUACAGCAGGGAAGAAGGAAAAUGGGUUUUACAUAAGGAAAUGAAUCUGAAGAAAUGGGUCAAAUAGCAAUGUUGCUUACAUUGGUAGAGUUUUGUAGGGAUAGUUUAUUUUUUUUCCAAACUCUGUAAGAAAUUGAGAGACAUGGCUGUAAAAUUCCCAGUUCAGUGUCUUAUUAAGCUAGUGUCUUGUUUGUUGAUAUUUAUGCACAUACAUAAGUCAAGUAGACAAUGAGUCUGUCUUCUAGAAGACAGAAGACUACUAGGUAUAUAUGGAAUUUUCAAGUAACAUGGAGAAGCAAUAGGGAAUUAACAACUGUGGUUCCUGUAGACAGAGUUUUUAUUGAAAUGGCUUAAAAUAGUGAAAAGAACUCAGUGCAAGCAAACACAAAGGAAUACUAAAACAUUAGGAAAUAUUAGCAAAGAUAUGAAUGUUAUAUCAUUGCAUUGGAUAAGUGGAUCUACUUAUCCCUAUAAAUCAGGAAUGGUGUAGACAUCCAAAUUAAAACAAAAUAAAAUAAACCAGAAUAUUCAAAUGUAUGCAGAUUUAUGGAUAUUAUUAAAUGAGAAGACUUAGCAUGUAACUUCUCUUAUAUCUCUACUGUCCAGCAUGUAUUAUUCCAACUAAGACUCCCUAAAAUAUAUGCACUCUGCUGAAGAUCUAGGCCCUGAACUCCAACCUUACCAUUGGUUGCUAUAUUCUUUCAAGGCCAAUCUAGUGUCCCUCACUCUACAAAAUCAUUACACUUCAUUGUGGUUCUUGCCUUCAUGAUGUGUCCUAUUUAAGUUCUCAGGUGGGUGGCAAAAAAGUGAAAUGAAAGACUCUGUCCGCAAAGCUGGGGAGAAUGAAUGGUAUGUAUAAAGCAAGGCUUUUGAGUGUACAUUUUAAAUCAGAGUAUUUGGAAAUUCACAAAUAAAUGCAUUGAAUGUUUUUAGAAAAGCAUGUUGCUCUUCUAGGAAAAGAAUAACCUUGUAAAAACACAAAUUUGGUUGUAUAUUCUUUGCCACUGUUGAUUCAACGUGAUUAUCAAUACACCUGUCACUUCCAGGACCAAACAAAUCCCAAGCACAAAGCCUUAUUUUCUUUGAAAAAAAAAAUAAAAUAAAUAGAGGCCUCAA